UCGUUGUGUACAGCUAACCAGCCAUCAACUGAAUGUUGUCUGGUGUUCUGAGGAUUAAAAAGGAAAACUCUGUACUUUUCCUGACUACUGUGUUAGCUGUACUGAAGACUUCCCACACUCAUGUACCAGGCAAUACUUGUAACUUGACCACUUGGUAUAGAACUCUCAUUCCAGCAUCAACUAAUAGGAACCAAUACUGUUCAGUUAUCCCCAGCAUGACAGCCAAGACAGUGGUCAAGACUGUCCUGAGUGUGGAGCAAGAUGAGGGAGUUGGGGCUCGAGUGCGCAGGAGUGUUGGGCGCGUAGAGUUGCGGAAUCUUGAUCCCUUCCUGAUGCUUGACGAGUUUAAAGGACAACAGCCAGGUGGUUUCCCAGACCAUCCCCACAGAGGGUUUGAAACUGUGACCUACAUCCUGAAGGGCGCAGUUAGACAUGAGGACUUCUGUGGUCACGCUGGUAUUAUUAAUGAAGGAGACCUCCAGUGGAUGACCGCAGGGCGAGGUAUUGUCCACUGUGAGAUGCCAUGGGGAGACGGAGUGACCCAUGGCCUUCAAUUGUGGGUCAAUCUUGCUGCCGAAAAUAAGAUGAUGAAGCCGGCCUAUCAGGAACUUCUGGACAAGGACAUUCCUCGGACCACCAAGGAUGGAGUGACAGUGAAGGUGAUUGCUGGAGAGGCAUUUGGCAUAAAGUCUCCAGUGUACACACGUACCUCGACCAUGUAUCUGGAUUUCAAAAUGGAUCCAGGCUCAAAAUUAGUCCAGCCAAUACCAAACGAGUACACAUCAUUUGUAUACACCAUUGAUGGGAAAGGACAUUUUGGGGGCAGCACACAGCAGAUGGAAAUCAGUGCCCAUCAUACUGUAGUCCUCAGCAAAGAAGGGAAUCAACUAGAAGUACAGAAUAAGGGUACAGAAAUGCUUCGCUUUGUUCUAAUAGGAGGCAAACCUUUGAAUGAACCUAUCGUCCAACACGGGCCAUUCGUCAUGAACACACAGGAAGAAAUAGGUCAAGCCAUGCGGGAUUAUCAAAUGCAGAGAAAUGGCUUUGAAAAUGCCAUGACUUGGAACUCUUUUGUUGUCACUGAAGAUCCGAUAGGAGUGUGACCAAAGGGAGAUAACUCCCACAGAAAUGUUGUGUGACAGAAAAUUCCUUGAUAUUUUUGGUUUGUUUUAUUUAAUUUACACAUAAUCUGUUUAAUGUAGUAUGUUUUUUCUUCAUAUUCCUGUUGGUGUAGUUUGA